AAAAAAAAAACAAAUUUACUCAAGAGCAUGAGCCCUUGAAAUAUGGAUGUUGGGCAGUAAAAAGACGUCUAGAGAUUGGAAGGAUCCAAACGUCUCCCUUUUCCCCCUCUUCUACCCUUUCUCUCUCUUAUUUCUACUUAAUCCAACGAAUAUAGUAAACUAUCAGAAUCCCAGGUGUGGAUUGCGUCAAGCUUAGCUGUAAUGACACAACUUGCUUUCAGUUAACUUUUUUAAUCUUUUUUUUUAGAAAAAUUUGCUAAAUUUCCUUUUGGGUUUUAUUUUUUUUUUACAAUUCACAUAAAAGUCAAAGCAAAAGACUGAAAAUUUCUAGCCUUUUUGUCACUUGGGUAGCUCGAUGUUUUUAAUCUUUCCCCCUUUUUUUAUCUGGAUUUUUUUGUUGUAUUAGUGCUCAGCUUUCUGAGUUUUGCUUAUUUGCUGCCCAAUUUUCUGUUUUACUGGGUAAAUCUUUGUUUCUCUUCAAUCCAAUUCAAAUUUGAGAUUCUGGGUUUUCUUUGGUGAAAAGAUUGAAGUUGUAUUUUAUUAGAUAAUUGUUAGUAAUUCCUGUCAAUCUUAUGUUUCCUCAAUUGGGUCCCAAGUUUUAUAUUAAAUUACUUAAUUGGAAGUUGUUUCAAGCCUUUUGAUCUGGUAGUAUUGUUGUAUUAGGGCAUUUUAAGGUGGUCUUUUGUUGACUUCAACUAUAAACUAUUGUGGGUUUGGUAAUUGGGGUUUGUCAGUUUUCUUUGGGGUUUUGACUGUCUACUUUGUUUUAUUGGGUGAUCACAUCAGCUUCUUCAUUUGGGUGGUUAUAAAUUUAUAUUAGUUUUGUUCGGGAAGCUUAAGAUUGUAACUUUUUAAGGAGUUGUUUUUGUUGAGGGGUAUUGUUCUUGAAUUUGUGGAUACAUAGCUGUGGAGGUGGUGAUGAUGAUGGUUCAUGGGGAGCCAAAGCUUGAGGGUUGGAGUGGAAGCUGAAAACGAAGCUGCCAACGGGAUGCCGAGUUUUGAUCCUUCAAUACCAAUCUCUACUGCACUUGAAUCAAGCUCCAUUUCCUUCCGAGUUUCUGGUUUUGGGGUUCUGGCUCAAACAAAUGGCUUCCUAGUCGAGAAUCUUAUAGAUCUUAGAAAUCCUGGGAUAAAUUUAACAAAAUCAAGUGACCGUCUUGUUCCUACUGAUCCCCUUCUCAACAUCUCUAAUAAUAAGGCUUCAGGUUUACUAAAUAUAAAUCCAUCUGCAACGCCAUCACAAAACAGUGUACAAAAUAAUCUGGUUUCUGUUUCUAGCGGUAGUUUGGAAAAUUGGGGAGAGUCUAAUAUGGCAGAUGCUAGUCCAAGGACUGAUAUUUCAACAGAUGCAGACACAGAUGAAAGAAACAAGAGGUUUGAUAGACUUCAGAUGACUACUCAUGCAGCUUCUGAUUCGAGUGAUAGAUCAAAGGAGCCUAAAGAUCAGAAGACUCUUCGAAGGCUUGCUCAGAACCGUGAGGCAGCACGGAAAAGCCGAUUGAGGAAGAAAGCAUAUGUUCAACAGCUGGAAAGCAGCAGACUGAAGCUGACUCAGCUCGAGCAGGAGCUCCAACGAGCACGACAACAGGGAAUUUUCAUUUCAAGCUCAGGGGAUCAAGCCCAUUCAACUGGUGGAAAUGCAGGGGCAAUGGCUUUUGAUGUGGAAUAUGCACGCUGGCUGGAAGAGCAAAACCGUCAAGUCAACGAGUUAAGAGCAGCAGUAAAUGCUCACGCUGGUGAUGCUGAACUUCGUGUCAUUGUUGAUAGUGUCGUCGCACAUUAUGAUGAUAUUUUCCGGCUCAAAUCCAAUGCAGCCAAGAAUGACGUUUUCCAUCUUUUGUCGGGUAUGUGGAAAACACCUGCUGAAAGGUGCUUUCUGUGGUUAGGUGGCUUUCGUUCAUCUGAGCUUCUUAAGCUGCUUGUGAACCAGUUAGAGCCUCUGACUGAACAACAAGUGAAUGCGAUUCAGAACUUGCAACAAUCUUCACAGCAGGCUGAAGAUGCAUUGUCUCAGGGAAUGGAGGCACUACAGCAGUCACUGGCAGAGACCUUGUCCAGUGGCUCUCUUGGCUCGUCUGGUUCAUCGGGAAAUGUUGCAAAUUAUAUGGGCCAAAUGGCCAUGGCUAUGGGGAAACUUGGUACUCUUGAAGGCUUUAUUCGCCAGCUACAGAGGUUAAGGCAAAGGCAGUUGAUUUGCUACGGUGUGGCCGAGGCUUGUACAUGCUGAUAACCUACGCCAACAAACGCUACAACAAAUGCAUCGGAUAUUGACAACACGGCAAUCAGCUCGUGCGCUUUUAGCUAUUCAUGAUUAUUUCUCGAGGUUGCGUGCUUUAAGUUCGCUUUGGCUUGCCCGCCCAAGAGAAUGACGGCAUUUUAACUUAUUAACCAGGAGAACAGGAGUAGCUUUUGUAAAAUGGCCAGGUGCCAAGUUAUGGAGAGAACAGCAACAGCGCCAAUCCCAUUCGUUCAUAGAUGUGCAAACUCAUAUUGUCUUGAGUACUUGUAUUAAUGUAUUAUCAAUACAAUCUUGUACAAUAUUUACUUACUAGAGAUUUCCUAUCAUUUUUUUCCUCUUUUGGGUAGAUCAAUGUUGGAAUAAUUUUAUUGGCUUGUAGUUGUGUUGAGUAUUUUUAAGAGGAAUUUUUUGUUUUUCAUAUUGUGUACAUUUUAUUAUAUGAUGCAUUCGUAGUCGAUCAAGAAUAGCCCGUAAGGGAAGACCUUAAUUAGUAUCCUUUGUUUCAUUCAUUUUGCUCCAUUACGGUUUUUAAUUAGUAUUUAUUUUACAUACAACCAAUUAAUUUAAUAACUUUGUAUUUGUGAACUCACCACUUUGCUUCUAUAUUACUCGUUUAUUUAAUUAAUACUCUCUCCGUUCUU